AUGUUUACAAUGACUGAUUCUUCAAUAAAUAUUAAUGAUGAAAAUUUAGAAGAUUUAACAGUUAUAUGGCUUGAUGAAAAUAUAAAUAAAACAAAUGAUUGUUUAGAUACUAAAACUCGUUUGCGUUAUGUUAUAAAUUAUUUAAAAACAUUUAUUGAUCCUGACGAAUGUAUUGAUUAUAUUACAUCAAUUUCAAAUGAAAGAGUAUUCUUAAUUAUAUCUGGUUCAUUUGGCGAAAAUAUUAUUCCACUUAUCAGUGACUUGAAACAAAUUUUAUCAAUAUAUAUUUUUUGUUCAAAUAAAUUUAAAUAUGAACAAUGGGCUCACAAUUAUGAAAAAAUUCAAGGU